AUGAGAUCCAUCAAGAGCGCCCAUCGGCGUCUCCCCCUCCGCCCGGCAUCGAGGGCCCUACUUUCCACAUCAACAUCUACAUCUUGCUCUCAAACUCCUACUUCAAGCAUCACACCCAUAACAUCCGUAAUAAUAGCAAACCGCGGUGAGAUCGCCCUCCGCGUCCAGCGCACCGCCUCCAAGCUCGGCAUCCGCACAACAACCCUCUACACUGACGUCGACCGCAACGCCCAGCACACCACAGCCACCCCUUACUCUCACUCCCUUCCCAACUACCUGGAUGGCGACCGCAUAAUUGCUCUGGCAAAGCAGAAUGGCAUCCAGGCCCUCCACCCAGGCUAUGGCUUCCUGUCCGAGAACGCCGCCUUUGCCCAGAAGUGCCAGGACGCCGGCAUCGUCUUCGUCGGGCCACCUGCCUCCGCCAUGGCCGACAUGGGCGACAAGGCCCGCUCCAAGGAGAUCAUGACCGCCGCCGGCGUGCCCUGCGUCCCGGGCUACCACGGCUCCGAGCAGGCCGUCGAAGCCCUGCAGGCCCACGCCGUCGACAUCGGCUUCCCCGUGCUGCUCAAGAGUGUCAAGGGCGGCGGCGGCAAGGGCAUGCGCAUCGUCGCCUCCGAGGCCGACUUCCCCGCCCAGCUGCGCUCCGCCCGCGCCGAGGCCCGCGCCAGCUUCGGCGAGGGCGGCGAGGUCAUGCUGGUCGAGAAGUACGUCGUGCGCCCCCGCCACGUCGAGGUCCAGGUCUUUGCCGACAAGCUCGGCAACUGCGUCGCCCUCGGCGAGCGCGACUGCUCCGUGCAGAGGCGCCACCAGAAGAUCCUCGAGGAGAGCCCCGCCCCGCUGCUCGACGACGCCACGCGCAAGGACCUCUGGGCUAAGGCGAGGACCGCCGCCCUGGCAGUUGGCUACGUUGGCGCCGGCACUGUCGAGUUUAUCCUGGACAGGGACACCGGCCGCUUCUACUUCAUGGAGAUGAACACCAGGCUGCAGGUCGAGCACCCCGUCAGCGAGAUGGUCACCGGCACCGAUCUGGUUGAGUGGCAGUUCCGCGUCGCCGGCGGGGAGGCGCUGCCCCUGACGCAAGACGAGAUUGAGGCGAGGAUUGAGGAGAGGGGCGCUGCUAUCGAGGCCAGGAUAUAUGCCGAGAGCCCCGAGAAGGAGUUCAUGCCCGACUCGGGCAAGCUGGUUCACCUCGUCACUCCCAAGACGGACGAGGAUGUCCGGAUAGACGCUGGCUUCAUCGAGGGCGACACCGUGUCCUCAGCCUACGAUGGAAUGAUUGCCAAACUCAUCGUUCGCGGCAAGGACCGUGAGACGGCGAUACGGAAGCUGGAAUUGGCGCUUCGCGAGUAUGAAGUGGUUGGCCUUAGCACGAACAUCGAGUUCCUGAAGAGGCUCUGCAGGAGUCAAGCCUUCAUCGACGGAGACGUCGAGACAGGGUUUAUAAAGAAGCACGGCGACGAGUUAUUCAAGCCCAGGCACAUAGACAACGAGGUCUUUGUGCAGGCUGCCCUCGGACUGCUCACAGCACAGCUACAGAGCGACACCUCAAGGUCAGGCGCGCACGGGGAGGUCCUCGGGUUCGGCUCAGGGAGCGCUUCAUCAGGCGAGCGAAACUACUCCUUCAAGAGCAUCGACAGCUACAGCUCGCAAGAGGGCGAGGUCGUACAGGCAAGCAUCACACAGCUGGGAAACAACCUCUUCAGCGCGACCGUAUCGCGCAAGGGCCAGGGCCAGCCGCAGGUCUUUGAAGAUCUCGUCUGCGAGCCAAUCUCCUCCUCCACCACACUACCCAAUCCGUCAAAGACGGGCGUACGGACCUUCUUCCCCCGCGAGAGGCUGGACACCACCGUUGUGUCAGACCCGACCAACUCGCACAAGCUCAGUGUUUUCCAGCACGGCGUUAAGACGGAGCUCCUGCUGCAGCAGCCGUCAUGGUACGAGAAGGCGCUCGGGCUGCAGGAGGUCGCCGCCUCGGUGGUGGCGCCGAUGCCGUGCAAGAUCCUCAGAAAUGAGGUUAGUGAGGGAGAGAGCGUGGAGAAGGGAGCACCGCUGGUUGUAAUCGAGUCAAUGAAGAUGGAGACGGUUAUCCGGUCACCGCAGAGCGGUGUAGUCAAGAAGCUCGCGCACAAGGAGGGUGAUAUUUGCAAGGCAGGCACUGUUCUAGUUCUGUUUGAGGAAGCCGAAGAAAAAGAUGAAGCCUCACCUUAA